UCCGUAAUUCUUCCCAAGGUCAAGCACUCACUCUCUUUAACUUUUCCCACUUCCGUCCUCUUGCCGGUAACCUCACUUGGCCUCCAAAUUCCAUCAAACCCAUCAUCACAUACAAUACUCCAGAUGAUGGUAUUAAACUUACAGUUGCCGAGUCCAGUGCAGACUUUGACCAUCUCUGUAGUGAAGUACAUGAUGCUAUUGAGUCACAGCCUUAUGUGCCAGAUAUAUCGAUAUCUGAUACUAUAGCAUCUACACUUGCUAUUCAGAUCACUUUAUUUCCAAAUAAAGGUUUUUGCAUCGGCCACACCAGUAACCAUGCUGUUCUUGAUGGCUUGAGCACAUCCUUCUUCAUGAAUGCAUGGGCUCGCAUUUGCAAACAGUCAGUCGAUGAAAAUAUGGAAAACCCUAGCUUGUUACCGGAAGAAUUAACCCCGUUUUUCAAUCGAACAGUUGUUCAGGAUCCAGAAGGGUUAGACAUGUGGUACUUGAAAUUCUGGCUGGGAGUCAAAUCUCCAGGUUCUGAUAACAAUCCUAGGAGUUUGAAGCCUUUUCCGCUUUCAGAAAUACCACAAAACUUGGUAAGGACAACGUUCGAACUUUCUCGUGAAGACAUACAGAAGCUUCGGAAAAUGAUAAGCUCUCAACUUGAUAAGCUUGGAUCUAAAGAAGAAGCAAAUCAAACAAAGCCACUAUAUUUGUCGACCUACGUGCUUGUAUAUGCAUAUACAAUGGUUUGCAUGCUUGAAGCAAAAGGCACAAAUAGUAAUGAUAAGGUUAAGAUUGUGAUUCCGGUAGAUUGUAGAGCCCAUUUAAACCCUCCAUUACCUAAGAAUUAUAUUGGUAAUUGUGUUAGCUCCUUUGAUGUGGUUGUGGAAAGAGAAGAUCUCAUGAAAGAGAAUGGGGUUGCGUAUGUUGCGAAGAGGCUUGCUGAGAUGAUAAAAGGAUUAGAGAAUAGAUCAGUUCUCGAGGGAGCAAAGGAGAGGAUACCAUACACUGAUUGGGAGAAAUUUACUCAAACGGUUCGAGCUGUUGGGACAAACCGAUUUGGGAUGUAUGGGGCAGAUUUUGGAUGGGGGAAGCCAAGCAAUGUGGAGGUUACGGCAAUAGCUAGAACUGGUGCCUUUACUAUUAUGGAGAGCAAAGAUGGAGGUGGUGGAGUUGAAGUUGGUUUAGUCUUGAAGAAGCAUGAGAUGAAACUAUUCGGUUCUCUAUUUACCAGAGUUAAAAUUCUUCAGUCUAAAUAUUAGACUGUUGUCAGUGGUUUCUUACCACAUAGUCAAUAAAUCCCUAUUGUUAAGGGAUGAUUGUUUGAUUGAAUUAGUCAUACUAUGUUACUUUUUGGUUUCAGUUUAGGCUAUAUAAUAGCCAAGUUUGUUCAAUAGAACAAAAGAUUUCUCCCAGCUGCAUUAUAUAUCUUCUUCAUAA